AUGUCACACCCAGAAUACCCGCAAAGUAACGUUGCGAAGUUCAGUGGAUACCAGCCUGACAAAUACGCUAUCGACGAUGUUUCGCCUACAGUACGCACAGAUGAAACCUUGACAUCUAGUCGACCGCCUACAUUGACACAGAGAACAGUAGCUAAAUUUCUACAACCUUUGACCAGAGAUCUCGUGGAAGUGCCACCGAGGCCUACUAUAGAUGAACUCCCAGAUGCUGUAAUUGAAAACAUGGUAAAAAAAGAUAAAGCAUUUUGGGUCGACAAGCCUGGUGCUAAUGCAUACACGCUUCAUGAUGCUUAUUACAAUUACGGUAUGACUACUGAGAAGAUACUGCCACCUCAUCAAGAUGUUUUUCCUCGUUCGUACCAGUAUGACCUUGAUUGUGUUAAGUAUAGACGUCAAAAUACAUGUAUCGGUUUUAAAGAAGGAGACAAGCAAGCAUUGGAUGUGCAGUGUCGCUCUUGUACCACUGACAUUGGGUUUAAAAAAGUGUCAUCGCCUAUUUUUGAGACAACUCAGAAAAGAUGGAGAUAUUAUCCAGAUGUAACCACUACAUUACCUCCUGAAAAAAUAAGAAACAUGAUGGAUGAAUUUGGGCGACCUUUUAAAAAUGAAGCUUGUAAUUGGUAUUAUCAAAAUUAUCCAUCAAUAAAAUACGACAGUAUUAUACGAAGGUUUUCGAAA